AUGGGGAUUUUUUCGGUCUUGGAUGUGGAGUUGUGUGGUGUCCUCGAAGGCUUGGAGUUGGCGUGGCAACUCGAUUUGAGGCGGGUAAUUAUCGAGACUGAUAGUAGUGAAGUAUGGAAGCUUUUGCUCUGUAGGAUCAAUAUGGAUCGGGUGUCAAGUGUUGUUCCAUACCUCAUUGAAAUUAUUCGUAAAGAAUGGGAGUUGCAAUUUGUGCAUGUGUUAAGGGAAGGGAAUUUGGUUGCUGACGCGAUGGCUUGGCUAGCUUGGAGCCUUUCGUUUAGAUUACAUACCUUUCGUAACCCACCAACAGAAGUUCUGUUGAAGUACCAUGCUGAAGUAGGGGCAGCUCGCACUUAG